UCUGAGAUAGAUCUUUACUAACAUAAAUGUCUGCAUGCAUGUACAUACCAUUCAGAGUUGAAAGAUUGAAAGUUGUGAGACAUAAAUAACAUCAUAUAUUUAGGGAUUUUAUUACAUGCAUUUAAGCCAAUAAAGUUAAUUCCCAGCCAGAAGGUCUCUUAGGAAGAGGACAUAACUGGAAUUAGGAUCGAGCCCCCAAAAACGCGGAACUUGUCUCAUGCCUUAUAUAGCUAUUCACUUUCCUCUCUCAUUCCGAUGUGCGAUUCGCCUAAGUUGACAUAUACAACCCUUCUUAAAGAGCUUGCCAGUAUUUCUUGACCCACCCUCCAUGGGCAUCACAUAAAUUAUUCCAAGUUGUUGAGUGGUCAACUAAUUUUCUUCUCCUCGUCAGUUGUGCAGAUGCAAAGUAGAAAAAAAAAUUGACGCAACUUGCAACUACGCAUAUAAACUACAAAUUUAAUAGUACUAGAUUUAAAACAUAAUAUAUACAAAAAAAUGCCUACUCUGGAAAGUGGGGAAGGGCCAAAAGCCACGGGAAUCAAUCAAGUGGUACUAUAUCAAUCUUAUCAUGCUCAAUUAAUUUAAGAAGAGGUAUUAGAAAAUUAAAAGAUGACAAAACUGUUUUCUGUAGCUAAUAGAACUUUUCGUUUUCCUUUGGUAGGUGGUGUUAAACCAAAGGUACGGACUUCAUCCUUCAUUUUUCCCCCCUCCAUAUUCGAAAGAACAUCAAGUUCAUUAAAGCAAAGGAAACGAUGGUCGGCUUUGAGAGAGAGACUGAAAUGCUUAUGGAUCAACUUGUGACUGGACCUCGGCAAUUAGAUGUGAUCUCAAUUUUCGGAAUGCCAGGACUAGGAAAAACAACUUUGGCUAAGAGAUUGUAUGAUCAUGAAUCUAUUUCAAAUCGCUUUGAUAUUCGCUUGUGGUGUUGUUCUUCCCAAUCUUAUGAUAAGAGAUCUCUCUUGUUUGAAUUACUGAAUCAUAUUUGUAAACUUGAUACUAGUACCAAAGAAAAGAGUGAUGAUGAGCUAGCUGAGAUGCUCUACAAACAUUUGAAGGGAAAGAGGUACCUUAUUGUUGUCGAUGAUGUGUGGAGUUGUGAGGUAUGGGAUGAUAUAAAGAGACCAUUUCCAGAUGACGAUAAAGGAAGUAGGAUUAUUUUGACGACCAGACUUGAAUCAAUCGCCACAUAUGCCAUGAUCAAUUCGAGUCAUCAUCACCUUCGCCUGUUCACAGAAGAAGAAAGCUGGAUGCUAAUGAAGGAGAAGGUAUUCAAAGAAGACAAUUGUUAUUGUUCUCAAGAACUCGAGGAGAUCGGUAAGCAAAUAGCGAGUAAGUGUGGAGGAUUACCCCUGGCAGUUGUAUUGGUCGCUGGCCUUCUUGCAGAACAUGAUAAGGAAGUAAUUUACUGGGAAGAAGUCGGCGAAAGUUUGAAGUCAAAAAUAAAAGGUUGCAUGGAUAUAGUUGAAUCGAGCUACCAACACUUACCCAUUCAUUUGCAAAGAUGCUUUCUCUACUUUGCUUCAUUUCUAGAGGACCAUCAAGUUCCUGUUCAAAAACUGAUACGACUGUGGAUCGCUGAAAAUUUUAUUGAAGCAAGUAGUACAUCAAAGAGCUUAGAGAUGAUUGCAAUGGAUUACAUGAUGGAUUUAAUUAGGAGCAACCUAGUGAUGGUGGCUAAAUUAAAUUCCUUAGGGGAGAUCAAAGCAGUCCAUAUUCAUGAUUUAAUACACGAAUUUAGCUUGGUGCAAGCUAAGAAGGACAACUUUUCGCAGAGGAUAAAUGAAGUAGGUGAACUUUAUUCUUCUCGCGGAAGUUGGCUGAGGAGAAUUGGACUUGGUAUAUUUCCAUCUUCUGAGAAUCGUUGUAAACGUGUGAAUGUUUUAGCACCUUGUCAAGUGCUUCUUGGAGAUAAAUUUAGCUUUGGACGAAAUAUCAACACCUUACGGUUCCUUUCCAGUGUAAAUUCUCCUUUUGUUGAUUAUGAUUUGACUAAAUCCUGGAAACAUCUCAGAGUAUUAGAUUUGGGUUCCGUAAAGCUGUGUAGGACAAGUGUAGAUGCAUUACAAUAUCUAAUUCAUUUGAAGUAUUUGGAGCUGCAGUUGUACUUGUACUUUGAUCACAUUCCAAAUUCAAUAUGCAACCUGAAGGAGCUAGAGACGUUUAUAGUGACAGGAAUUUAUGGUCAAGCCUGCAAUCCAAAAACCAUUUGGGGCAUGACAAGCUUGAGGCAUCUGCAUAUAAAUGAUCUUUAUAUAGAUCUGUGGCCAAGUGAGCAAUCCGAAAACCAAUUAGAGGAUCUUGACAAUUUACAAACAUGUUCUGGUAUGGUUAUUUAUCCUGGGGGAGUGGGGGAUCUCCAGUAUUUUAUGAAAAGAUUUCCCAAUCUUGAAAAGCUCAGUUGUCAAUUGUAUGGUUCAGGAACCCCUUCUGGCAAUUUCUUUCCUGCUUUUGAAACUCUCAGCCAGCUUAAAUCUCUCAAGAUUGGUGUCUCUGGGGCGGUGGUAGAUCCCUAUGGUUUCGAGGACUUCACGUACCCCUCAAACCUCAAAAAAUUAACUCUAGUAUAUCUUAGGCUCCCCUGGAGUAAACUUUCAACCAUUGGCAGACUGUCCAACCUUGAAGUUAUGAAAUUAGAAGAAAAUUCUUUCAUCGGGAGAAAAUGGGACGUUAACGAUGGGGAGUUUCCUAACCUUAAGGUUUUGAAAUUAAAGAAACUAGGAUUCUCAGAAUGGACUGCCUCUGAUGACUCGUACCCUAACCUUCAGAAAGUACUGGUGCAUAGUUGUUGGAGCCUAGAGGAAAUCCCUGAAUGUUUCGGAAGCAAUUGUACGCUGCAACUGAUUGAGGUUAGAUCAUGCGGAGACAAUGCUGUAAAGUCUGCUUUGAAAGUUAAGGAAAUGCAAAUUGAGGAGAUGGGAAAUUCUGAAUUCAAAGUCAUUAUUUCUAAGUGAAAGUCAAUAGUGUUGAUCGCUAGGGUUGUUCAUUUAGGUAUGCAAGGCCUCCUGUAAUUGGCUUGAUCUCAGAGUUCAAUUCCUACUAUUAGACUGUCUAAAAGAAGAAUUCUUUUUAUUGGCUCUUUUUUAAAAUAUAGUGAUUCAUUUGCCGAUGUUA